AAUAAUCAACGUCGGCCUGGUGUGAUGAAACGCAGAUACUGUGAGCGCCCUGAAGUUGAUUAUUUUCCAACGAUAACACGCCCUGAAGUGUUUUAUUCCUCUUGUACCACAGCAAUUUAUCGACAAGUGCAGUUUUAUUUAUUAAAUGGCAACCUGUUCGGCUUUUAAAAUUUUUAUCCGUUUGCAGUUGCGUUUAAUGUCGAACAUCCGUGAAACCAGUUCCCAGUUAAGUUAUAGCAGCUGUAACACUUGUUCCCUCACCAGCCUCCAAAUCUCUCAUGACGUUAACUAAUAGGACACAGCUUGUCAUGUUCCGGAGAAGCCGUGAAGCAGAAACUCCUCUGUCCUGGAGAUGUCCGAAGAACUACUUAGUUUUACCUCUGGCACUGGAGACUCCUUCGGUAAGUUUUGAAUCCGUUUACAUGUGGCGUCCACCGUGUAAAUCCGUCUGAAUGAGCCGUUACUAUAGAAACUGUAAGAUAGUAGAACAAGAGUGUUGAUAUAAACCUGUGCUACUGUCAAGAGCUGCUGUUACAUGAAAAGAAUCAACACCACCUGACCAAUCAGAAUCCAGAGUUUAAUAGCAUUGUGCAAGUUGUAAAUCUAUCCAUAUAAUUUUGAGAAGUGCUUGCACGUGCACACAACCCAACAUUCACUUCUCAAACUUUACUAAAGAACAAAAUAAUAUCCACGAUGCCCAGAAAAUGCUUUUUAUAAAUAAAGUUUAAAAAAGGCUGCCGUCAUGAGUCAUGCUUCUCCAAACGACACCUUGAUGCCACCUAGUGGCUGGAAGAAGAACAAUCCUCAGGCUUUUACUCUUGGCCGAAUGGAGAUGGUGUUAUAUCUGAUUUAUGUGAGGUGGCUGUGAGAAAUUAUUUAAAUAAUUUUUGAAAAUGUUUAAACGUUUAAAAGCUCUGAGAUUUUCACAGUUAGUCAUUAUUUUACCUGUGUGAUGUGUUACUAGUUUACCAGCCUUCCUACUGAUAACUGACACUAUCCUGGUAUUAAUUUAUGAUACUCCUACAGUCUAUAACAUCCUGAAACUACACAAGGUCCUCUCAGGUAAGUUCAGCUAAUCGCCAGAGACUGCAAACGCGUCUUUUAUUUUAAUCCUUUGUUUUAAAGGCAUUAUAAUUCAUGUACAUGUACACCCCCCCCCCCCCCCCAAAAAAAAAAAAAAAAAAAACUGACUAAUAUUACUACUUAAAUUAACAAAAAAUAUCAAACCACCUUUUAAAACAGUGUAAAUGUGAAUCAAAAUGGAGUCCGUGUCCAGAGGCUGCCUGCAACGCUGAGCUUCAGAAACUUCUGGAAGGACAAUAUGUGUGAGAAUGUGGAAGGGUUGUCUGAGGAGGACGUCGUCCUGUUACACUCGUGCCGGCAGUGGACUACAGUCACCGCCCACUCGCUUGAGGAGGGGCAUUAUGUCAUCGGACCCAAGAUUGACAUCCCGCUGCCGUAUCAGGGGAAGUUUAAGCUGCUGGAUCAGGACCGGGAUGUCCGGGAGCCGGUUCAGUACUUCGCGAGCGUGGAGGAAAUCGCCGGAACGUUCCCCGAUCGAGUGUUCGUCAUGGAGCCGAUCACGUUCAGCAUGAAGGUGGUGUCGGGUGAGUUCAGUGAGGACAGCGAGGUGUAUAACUUUUCCCUGCAGGCAGGAGAUGAGCUCACUCCGAUGGGCCGGGCCGAGCUGCUCUGUGUCCAAUCCGCUCGUGAGAAGUCACGCCUGGCCGCGCUGCUGCGACGGCUGGGCAGAGUGGGCGGGGCUUCGGGACGUCCCACCCGCACCAAGCUGCCCUGCCUGAUCUGCCUGAACCAGCGGACGCGGGAGAGCGUGCGGCUGCCGCUGCAGUGCCGGGGCCGUUUCUGCACUCGCUCGCCGCUGGAGCUGCGCAUGCAGGCGGGCGAGCACACGCUGCGCACCAUCAUCGAACGUGUGCGGCUGCCCGUCAACGUGGCUGUACCACCACAUCCGCCACCUCCACCUCGCAGCCGCUACGACCAGCACACCAUCCGCCAGGGCCAGCGCUACAAGCUGCUCGCCAUUGUCAGCCGGACCGUGGUGCUCUGCUGUGUCCUGCGCAAACAGGAAGUGACGCCUUCUCACUUCCUGUUGCUUAACGACAUGCCGCGUUUCACGCUGCCUGAUGGCUUGUUGCGUGAUGACCCUGUCUACCAGCGGGCGGUGCUGCUGAGCGCGCUCCGUUGCCAGGAGACCUUUGACCCGGACGAUUAUUCCCGAGCCGUGCGGGAGGUGAAGGUGGACCUGACCGAGGAGUGCGUGAGCCCGCGCAGGAUACGAGUGUAUCCCGUAUUCUCGCCACAGAGACUCUCGCUGUGCGUGUACGGGGGCGGAGCCAUCACACCGACACCCACACCAGGCUGCAGGGACUCGCUGGGAGACACGCACACUCCCCCUGGAGGUGAGGGUGAAAGGGAGGAGGUGGGCGAAGGGGAAGAGCGAGAGUACGUCACCCCUGAUUGGCCCACAGAGACGCAGGAAAUUCCUUACGAAGAGCUUUGGACCAAUCAGAGCGGAGGAAGCUAUGCAGAGGUUCCGGAAAGCACGGUGAAGGCUGAGCACAACCUCAUAUCCUUCCAUUCCACCUCCUCGUUGGACGGUACAACAGGCUCCACCCACAUCGCUAUGGUGCAGAUGGAAGCAGGACGAGUACCGACUCCACCCCCUGUUCCGCCCAAAUCAGAAGCUGUGAAGGAGGAGUGUCGGUUUUUGAAUGCUCCUCCGGUUCCACCCCGAUGUGCUCAUGUUGGAGGCCCCACCUCAAGUCCUCCAGUCCCACCCCGUUUCCCUAAAGCUCCAGCUACAAGCACACGCAGUCCAAAUGUGUCCUAUUACUCCUCAGGCCUGCAGGAGAGCUCUGCUCCUCGCAGUGGCAGUAGUUCUCCCUCUCCAGACUCUUACUCUCUGUACUGUUACCCCUGCACAUGGGCUGACUGUGUGACCUCUGACCCAUCCGCAUCACCCGACCCUAACCAGCCCGCGCAGGCCUGCUGGUCGCACCCCCGAAGUGGCGGAAUUUUUACUUCCAACAUCCUAAACACACCCCUCCUUAGCACAGACUCUGCCCACAAAAACUACUCCACCUGUCCCCGACCACGCCCAGCAGCGCUGAACCGCUUUGCCCCAUUUGGCGCUCUGAACCCUUUUGCCAAUCCAGGACACGCCUCGUCUGAUUGGCUUGCCACAGGCCGGAAAUCCCCCAAUCUGAUCCCUGAUCUCACUAGCGCUACCCCUCAGGAGUCUCAAGCCAAUCAGGAAACAAGUCAGGUUCCUCCACCCAGACCAUUAAAAAGCUUAGAGGAGGAAACAUCCGUGUCUUCCAUGGUGAGGGGCGCGGAAGGUGGAGCCGGGUUAUCAUGGCGGCCCCCGGCAGACCUGUGCUGGCUUUCGGUGGAGGAAGUGUCAUUCUGCCUACGUUUCAUUGGGCUGUCAGACGAUGUGAUUGGCCUGUUCAGCCGAGAGAGGAUUGAUGGGUCAAUAUUCACCCAGCUCACGGAAGAAAUCCUGUCUGAAGACUUCAGCCUUACCAAACUGCAGGUCAAAAAGAUCAUGCAGUUCAUCAAGGGUUGGAGACCCAAGAUAUGAGCCUUUAUAUAUAUAUAUAUAUAUAUAUAUAUAUAUAUAUAUAUAUAUAUAUAUACACACACACACACACACACACACACUGUGAACAGUAAACCCAUAUUCAUGAUGGUACAUAAAAAAAAACAAAGGUGCGUUUCUCCAGAGGUUCCUGAACCUUUUGAGGCGCUAAAGAGUCACUGAACAGUUCCUAGAUCAGUCUCUGUUUAAAAAGUUUCCAAGAAAUAUGGCCCAGGAACUAAAACCAGCAAGUGGAAACUAAAGAUCCUGGUUUCCUGAGUGCUUGAAAAAGUUCAUGUUUUCCUAAAAAAAAGGUACCGCUCUAUGGCAACACUAAAGUCUAAAGGUAUCCAAGUUCCUGAAAAGCUUUAUAGUGGUAGAAAAUGCUUAAAAAUGCAGAGUUCCUGAACAAGUUCCUGGGUUUCCUGAAAGUUUAGCUCUGGUCCAGACGAGUCAGACAGUAGUUGUCUGCAACAAUUUACCUACUGUAGAAACUACAGGAACUAUGGCCCAGGAACUAAAACCAGCAAGUGGAAAUUUAAACAUCCUGGGGUUCCUGUAUAGGUUUGUGCAGCGCGAAUGUGCCUAAAGUUCCCGAGUAGCUAAAAAGUUCUUAAAAAUAUGGUAUGUCUCUGUGGAAACAUGGCUAUGGAAAAGUUCCUCAGGUUCUUGUGGUGGAAACAUGUUUAAAGUGCCGUAGUUCCUGAGGGUUCCAGAACAGGUUCCUCUGGUGAAUACACACCUAAUAACAGACGAUAGUGUCUGCAAAAGAGUAUGUGUGGGACAAGUUCCUGCAAAGGUUCCUCUGGUGGAAACGUGCCUAAUGUCAGACAGUAGUAGUAUAACUCUCUCUCUCUCUCUCUGUGUGUGUGUGUGUUGAAAUGAAGGGAUACACGUGUGUUCACGUCACACUCGUGCUGAUUUAUUUUGUGGGGCUGGAGUGUUUAAAGCUCAGCAUUGAACUACUGAACAGUAUCUGUGUGUGUGUGUCAGAUAAAUGUCUGUGUGUAUGUGUGUGUGUGCAUGUGCGCGCACGUGUGUGUGUGCAGUUGCAUAAAUUGUUUUGUUUUAAAAAGAGAGAUUUUAUAUAUUUAAAAACCACUCAGUCAGUACUUUAGUGUCUUUAGGGAUCAUCUCUAAACUCCAGUCCUGCACAGAUGUUUCCGGGGACCGUCUCAAAACUACACCUCUUUCAGAAAAAAAAAAACAAGCGAUCCAAUAGGGACUAAUGUUGAACACUACUCGAGCUUGUCUGAUUUAUAUCAUUCGUUAAUGAUUAUUAUUUGUCUUUACGUUGUCGGUCACGGAGGGGAUAACACCACACUGCUCGGAGGAGCGAUAAUGGAACAAAGGACAUUUCUGCUAUUAUAUUUUAAGGGACCUUUUUUUUUUUUUUUUUUAACCCAAAAUGUGACAACUCUGUAUGUCUUUCCACUGUCUUUUCAUGCAUCUCUGUCUCGAUUCUGUUGCUCCUGUGUGUGUGUAGACUGUAGGUACGGUACGUUGGUGUAUGACUUCUUGGUUGAUGAUCGUCACUGCCUCUCUGAACAGGAAGUGAGGAUCCCAUAGCAACCCUGAGUAUUAUAAGGCCCCGAGUAUAGAAUCGGAGUUUACUAACACACACGUUGCUGAUUUAGUGGAGUUACUGCUGCAUCACAAACUGACCUCGACUUCAAACGAUUAUUGAUUGAUUGAUUACUGAUUAAAUUCACCUAAGUCGCAGAA